AUGCCCGGUCUGCUCUCACUGCGCCGACCCGCGGCAAACCCGCCACCGCAGAACGACGGAGACGUCCAGCAGACCACUGGCGGCCCUCUACGGCGCCUCCUCGCAGGCAGGAACCACCGCCAUGCCCAGGACGUCGACGUCGAGAUGAACCAGACUGCCGCGGGCCAGCAACCUCUGCAGCAGCAGCAGCAGCAGCCCGCCAUCCAAGACGACGAUGCACAGCCGCUUCCCUCUCACGACCGACAGGCAUCCGGACGCUCCAUGCUCUCCCAGAUCUCGAUACCCUCCCUCUCGGCUCUCCGACAGCGCGACCGCGACGCCGAACUUCAGCGCCAGAUCGACCGAGCCCAGAACCGCGCCACGAUACCCACCCCAAACCAGCUCGAGAACGGCACGGCAGCAGGCGCAUCGUCUGAUCCCGCAGCAGCACCCGCCCUCGCCGACGGAGCUCCCGCCACCAUGACCAGCCCCUUUCAGCCGCCGCCGCCUGCCGCCACCAAGCGCUCCGCAAAGAGCAGAAGGGAGAGGGAGGAGGCCGCCACCCUCUUCGGACCCAAUCUCGCAAACUACUUUGGCAGCGGCAACAGCACCAGCGGUGCCAUCACCGCCGCCAGCCAGGCCGUCACCGCCGCCUCGCCCGUCCCGCCACCCACGUCGCCCGACCUGGCUAGCCCCACCGGCCCGCUGCCGCUCCAGGCGCGACAGGCCAGGCUGGGCUCGCGCGGCCGUGCACGUGGCGCCUCCCUCUCCGGCCUCAGCAUGAUGUCGCUCGGUGCCGAGUCGGUCACCUCGCUGGGCGCGUACAACACCCAAUCCACCGACAGCGCCUCGGCCGCGACCAUGGACGGCUCCACCUACGACCUGAUCAGCCAAGUGCCGCGGCCCGACGUGGGUGGCGAGAUUGCCAUGAGCGAGGGCAUCGACCUCGAUACCCUUAAGCGGUGGGUCGACCGAAGCGCUGGCACCGACCCGGGCCCCCUCCAGGCAGGGCCCUCGGCCGCCACCAUCCCGCCGGUCUGCACGACGCUGCAGUCCUACGUCAAUGUCAAGCGCAACGCCGUCCGGCUGGCGGUCAAGCAGCCCGAGGAAGCGCUCGCGGCGUCGCCGGCUGCUGCAGCCACCACUGCCGACCUUGGCCCCCUCGGUGUCUCCGACGACCACUCGCGAAGUGCCAGUGCGUCGACCGACGUCAACCUGCUGCGCACACAGCCUUCGCUCUCGGUCCUGCCGUCGCUCUCUUCUGCGGCGACUGGCAAGGGCAGCAGCGGCACUACGGCUGCGACCUUGCUGCCCGACCCGACCCACACGAUCUACUUCGAGUACGACUGCGCCGCACCGUGCGCGAGCGCGCAGAUCUUUAUCCGCGCCAGUCGCAAGCACGGCAGCUGGGUCAACUACGUCGCCCCGACAAACGCCGACGGCCAGGUCGAUGCAUCCACAUCCGACGGCGUGGCAGCGAUGCUGGCCCUGCGCGGCCCGCCGCCGCAUGUCCUCGGGUGGCCGGUCCACGUUGCCCGCCUGAAGAAGGGAUUCGGUGUUGGCCACAAGGCUGCUCUGUGCCUCGACCUCAAGUACUACGCGCCGCCUUCCGACAAGCUGUCCAAGAAGGCCAAGUCGGCCGCCGACGGCUCGAACGGCGGGGAUGGCGGCGGCCAGGACGGCGACGCAGGCACCGUGCUAGGCCAGAGCCAGGGGGCGGCACAGGCCGAGACGGCGUGGGGCAACCCGAUCCCCGAAACGCCUGCGUGGGACGUGCAGAGAAGGCUCGAGAUUGAGCGCGAUGAGCAGGAAGAAGAGGCCGCGGCCGAGAGGCUGCGCCGCGGUGGGAGGCAGCAGCAGACGUCUGCGGCCGGUGGUGACGCAGCGACAGACAUUGCCGCUGCUGCUGCUGCUGCCGGUGCGGGAGGCGACGGCACGAGACCGGCGGCCGACGACGCCCUCGUCGAGACAAAGGAGCAGCGACUGGCGCGGGAAAAGGCCGAGAGGGAGACGCUCAAGGUUGCCAUUGUGGUUGAGGCGCUGGAUGCCAACGCGCGGCCGCUCAAGGAGCCCAACCUGCAGACGACCUACCUGCGCCUCAACUCGCUGCCGGUGCGCAAGCCGGCCACGACCGCGGACGACUCGACUUCGGCAGCAGACGCAGCCGCGGCCACGGCCAAGGAAGCCGAGGACGCCAAGCCGCAGCGGACGUGGUCGGCGCAGGUGGAAGGGCAAGAGGCCGAGAUCGGACCGCACCGCUUCCAGCUGCAGGAGCUGUACGGCCUGUCAUCAAGGCCGCCACCGGUGCGACCGGCUGCGGCCAACGAAGAGGGCGACGACAACGAGGACGGUGGAGGCGGCGGCGGCGGCGUCGGUGGCACCACGGGGGCCUACGGCACUUCGGGCACGUUUGCUGGGGUGGUCGACGACGACUCGAACGGGACCGAGUGCCUAAUCUGCCUGAGCGCGCCGCCGACGACGCUGCUGCUGCCGUGCACGCACGGCCUCUGCCUCGAGUGCGCGGUGCAGCUGCGGGAGAGCGUCAUGGGGAUGCGGCAGACGGAGCGGAGGCGCGGACGCACGCCGCGGCGCAAGUACGCGUGCCCCGUGUGCCGACGCGGGUUCACGAGCAUGCUGCACCUGAGCAAGGCCGACGAGAAGCUCGUGGCGCAGAGCUCGGCGCUGCCGACGGGCGGCGGCUGA